AUGUGGAUGCAGCACUUUUGUGUUUUCAUAGCAAACGUUAUUUUAAACUCGUCAACGAACGUAUCGGCUGAAGUAGAUCUAAAAGUGUCUGUCUUACAGCGUGAAGAAGUGUUUUGGUUUCUAAUAAUACGAAAAGAAAAUAAACAACCAAGAGAUGGUUUACCACAAGUCUGCUCAACCAAAGAUUAUUCCACUACUACAACAACUAAGGUAAAUAAACAAUAUAUUACAACGACAGCAACAACAAAUACAACAAAGCCGGCAAUAAAUAUUAAAUCAUUUAAAACAACAUCAUCGCCACUCAAAGAAAAAGCAGAAAAAUUGUUUGGAGGUCAAUAUACAGCAACAUCAGCAACAACACUAACAACAACUACAACAUCAUCAUCAUCAUCGUCAAACUCCACAGUAUUGUUUGCAACAACCAAAGAAGAAGUAAAUGAAGAAGAGAUCUUUUCUAUAAAACAAACUAAAGAGAAGAGUUUAGUAAAGAAUAAUGAAAUAAUGGCUGAACAACAACAACAGCAACAACAAGAAUAUUUUGAAAUUUUCAAAAAAACCAAAGAAAUAACAAAUGAAGAAGAGCAGCAACAGCAAGAAUUUAAUGAUGAAACACUAAUAACAACAACAACAACUACAGCUAGUAUUACAAAUAAACAACAGCAACAACAAUUACAAGAAAUGGCAACUCGUUUAACGGGUUCUACUAAUACAAAUACUGCUUCCUCUUGUUCACCAUCGACAUCGUCAUCGUCAUCAUCAUCAGCAACAUUAAUAAAGAGAGCUGAGAAUGAGAGAGAAAAUAGCGGGUUUUCAAUGAAUACAACAACUGGAGCAAAUGUGUUUGCUGUUACUAAUAGUAAUCAUCAGUCUCUAAAUAAAUGCGAGAGUGAACGUUUAGUAUGUGCGGCAAAUAAUAUUACGGGAGUUACAAAUAUUAUUAAUAAUAAUACUAAUAAUUUAAAUAAUACAACAAUAACAACAACAGCAAAUAAUAGUGUAACUAUUGGUGUUAUAAGUGUUAGUGGUAAUAAUCAAAAUAUUAGUAGUAGUAGUGCUGGCAUAGUGAAAAUCUCACAAAAAUUACAAGAAAAUCAAUUUAUUAAAAACGAACAACAGCAACAACAACAACAGCAGCAACAGUUGAAUAAUAAAAAAUUUAUAAAAUUUAAACAAAAUACAGUAACGGGUGCAAGUUUCGGCGAGGAUUUGAAAUCGCCUAGUAAAUUAACCUCUAGCAAUUCGGCAGGUAGUUUAGCUGGAGCAGCAGCAGCAACAUUUUUGCCCUCAUCUAGUGGUAAUUGUUUGGUUAAAAAGAAAAUGGUGGCCGUGCAAGAAAUGAAAAAGUCCUCACAGAAUAAUACACAUUUAAGUGGUUGUCUGGCCACAAAUCGUUUAAAUAAUCGUGUAGGAGGUGGUGGUGGUGGAGGCGGUGUAAGUGUAGAAUCCUCAGAAUUGGAUACUAAUGAGGAUUUAAGUUAUGGUCCAGGUAUUGUUUCCAAAUUAAGAUGCCGCUAUUUAAGUUUGGCUUUAAGAGAAUCCAUGGAACAACAACGUUUAAAUAAAGAUCAAUUAAGACGUUCUACUAGCUUAAACAAUCUACUGGAUAAUCAUAAUGAAGAGGAAAAUUGUGAUGAAGAUGAGGAGGUGGGGGCAGAAGAUGAUGAAGAUGCUGCUGCUCAACAGGAUUUUAUUUAUGAGAACUUUAAACAAGAUUCUCCCAAGAAAACAGGCAUUUUGAAAUCUUCUCUUAAUAAAACUCCCGAAAAACGGUAUUCUCCCCAUAAUCAGGGUUCAAAUGGUGUGGGUGUUACAUUUACCGAAACAUCUUAUAAUAAACGUUCUCGCCACUUGAAACGAGGCAAUGAUUCUUUGAAAAGAGCUCGUUCUGUAGAGGCUUUAUUAAGUGAAAAGUCUCCUUGGCAUACUAGAGCCAAUACAUCGGCUCCCUGUGCUAAUCAGGUAAGCAUAGAGGAUAAAAUUCAUAAUGCUAGAGAAAGACUGCAACAGGGUACGGAUCAUAUGCCACCCAAAAGACUAACCUCCAUAAUAGAUGAUACCGAAAGACCACCACCAGAUUUGGUUAAGCAAACUUUAAAAAUGUUUGAGGCCUCGGCUAAUCGUAGACCCAGAACCACAAAUCGUGGCAAUUGCAAAGGUGAGGUGGCCAGUAAAGUGGAAACUUUUAAAAAUAUCAUUAAAGAACAAAAACCUUUGCCUACGUAUAACAACAAAUCUCUAAGUCCCACUAAGAAAUUAAAUCUUACACCACAACAACAACAGCAAAAACCUUUAAAAUCGUCCACACCACAAGCCAAUGAUCUAUUGCAAACUCCCUUGGGUAGAAAGGCCCUUAACAAGGCUAUGGCCCAUAAUACAAGCGCAGAAAGUUUAACACCUUUAAAAGGUCUUAACUCGCUAUCAGAACAUACACCGGACAUAAUACCGCGACAAAAAUUCAAUCAAGAGCAGCGUGAACAAAACAAAAAUAAAGAGCAAAUGGAAUUGCAAUCAAAAGAGAAACUAACUAUGAGAGAUUUAAAUAAAGAGAAAUUUGAUAUGUUAAGCGAUUCUCCGGUCACAUCGCUCAGCAAAGAGUUAAGUAAAUUGAAAUUAAACGAUAACACACCAACUAAAAGCAGCAGCAGCGAUAACUGCAGCAAAAAUGCUGUUAACGAUGGCGGUGAUAAUGGUGGUGGUGACGCAUCGUGCCAACGCCACAAUAUAAAUAACAAAUAUCCCCCCUACAACAACGAUUCAAUAAACGAAGAAAGCAACUCUCUUAAAAACGAAAACGAUAAGAUUAUAAUAAAUAAUAAAAAAUCAAAUAAUACUGAAGCUAUUACUACAACAGCAACUACAAUUUCAAGCAGUAGCAGCAGCAACAAUACGAUCGCUAUGAAAACCGAAGAAGCAACAGUUAAUAAUUAUGACUGUUUAACAAAGAAGACGGACAAAGAAGAAAACGGCGACAAUAAUGUAGACGACGCCUCAACGCCUCCUCCCAGUAGUAGUGAUUUAAGUGACGGUGGUGAAGACAUCGAUCACGAUACGGGCGAUUUGAAAUUAACAACCACAAAACGUAUAACGCGCACGGCACUCGAUAAUAUAGCAAAAGCGGGUUAUACACAACAAUUUAAAUUCAAUACAACAACAACAACAAAUUCCCCCACUUCCUCCACCUCCUCCGCUUCCUCUACAGCCCUUAAUACGGGCAAACAAAUAGGUGUUAUACGUCCUUUACUCAAUACCCAACAGCAACAACAACAACAGCAAAAAAUCAACGAUUCCACUAUGGAAACUUUAAAACAUUCCUCACCCAAUACCACAAAUCUAACUUCACGUGAAAUCGAAAAGAAUCGCAUAAAUGAUUUGAAAAAAUCCACUAAUACUACACAUCAAACAUCUCCUACAGCAACAGCUCAUAAUCAAACAUCCUCGACCUCUUCGCCCUCAGCUAGUCUUGAACAUCAUGUGAUUAAAUCAAACGCCUCAAAUAGUGCAACAGCUUCUACUACCGGCUAUUCCGAUGUUGAUUCCGUUAUAAGUGCUACAAAUAGUCCAUUGUGGGCCAUGCGUAAACGACGCCAGGCACCACCAGCUGCACCUGCCGAAAAUACCUCUAUGGUGUUUAAUUUUUCAAAUCGUAAAGAAGUUCCCGAUUAUAUAGAAAAUGAUGGUGUUAUUUUCCGGCGCAAAAGAGAAUUGCCAAAGGUAAGUGCUUUUUAAACUUAAACUUUAUUU